CGUGGUUAGGCAUUUUGUAAAUAAACCUUGGAGAGGUGAUGCGCUAGCUAGGCCUAGCUCCAGAAGAUUUCCUUACUGUUAAAAAGACGGCAAAGGCAUUCAAAAGUGGGAAAAUUUCGAACACUAACACUACCCACAGUGUAAUUUUGAAUAUUUUAGAAAUAAGUUUCGAAGAGAAGUAGGACGGUUAAACAUGAAUAGUGUUGGACCAGAAUGCACAGCUAUGAAAAAGGAGGGCUACGAUGAUUGUUUCAACGCCUGGUACAGUGAGAAGUUUUUGAAGGGCGAUUAUCGAGAUACAUGCUCAGGAAUAUUUAAGAGAUACCAAGAAUGCGUCAAGAAGGCCAUUAAAGACCAAGGAAUUGAAUGGGAUGAAAUAAAUAACCAGGUGUUAGGAACAGACUCGGAGAAGCAAGUGCCACCUUCAACAAAGGCUGACGGAAAAUCUUGAUGAUGGCGGAUAAAUUGUUGGAAUAAUUAGCUGAAUUCAAAUCUACAAAAUAUAGAUUAAUGCAACUUAAGGGCUCUGGAGCUCAGGAACCUUUUGGGGAGUGAUGGACCUUGUGCCCCCCCCCCCCAAUAGGGGAAUUUCUAACAUCGCCAUUGGAUGCAACCAUUAAUUACAAUUUAUGAUGUGUUUAAGACUAUAGCAGGGGUGGGCAUCAAAGUUGGUCGGUGGGCCAAAGUAAAUUUUUGAUUUAACACCAAUGGCUGCACUCAAACUUUAAUGUUGCCAGUGUGCUUCCAAAACACUCCAAGCAUUGCUUUUACACCACUUUAUUCUUAGUUUUAAUAUAACUUUUUACAAAUGAUCGGUGUCGGGGCAUAAAAAACAAGGCGUUAUCUAGCCAAUCUUGCUUGGCACACACAGGGUUUUUAAUUAAUUUUUGCAGGCUGAAAAAAAAUUGCUGUUGGGCCGCACUUUGCCCACCUGUGAUCUACAGGGUGAUCAUUUGUUGUUCACUCAAUGUGGACAAUGAUUUUAUAAUGGAAAAUCCUCAGACGUGGAUUUAUCUACUGGAUUCUGGCAUUAAUGUGCAUUAUUAAUUGAUAUACAAACACAUGAUGAUUAAAUAAAGUAUAUGAAGGUUCAUCUAAUUUUGUCAACUUUUAAAGACAGUAAAAAAAAAGUAAACUUUCCUGUGACAUGUGAUCCUUUCCCUCCUGUCAGAUCAUGAUAUAAAAGAUUGAUUUUUAUUAAAUAAAUACUGUGUGUUCAAUGUA